AUGCCCCGCAUUAUAACAAAUUUUGGCCCACAUUAUCAAAACUUGGCCGGAAUUAUGUGCAAAACUUGUUGCUUAUUUUCGGGCAAAUACGUGGCGCAAGUUGGAGAGUCAGCUUUUUGGAGUCGAAGUGGGUUUUUAGAGGGAGGUCUGGCGGGCGAACGGGCAAGAUUUUUCAAGCAGAAGGUACCAAUCAAAAUUGAAGUUUGUGGAUAUGCCGAUCAACAUUGGGGAGGCCAAUCAUACCAAGUCACGUGUCUGCGAUACGAAGAUGAAAAAACUGAAGCAAUAAAAGAAUUGUAUGAAAUUUAUGAUCGAGAUAAAAUUAUUUCUAAUUCAGGAAUAAGUAGAAUUUGUGAAAAUUGUAAUAAAGAAUGUUUAGCUACAUUAUAUUGUGAAUUUUGUAUUAGAGAUUAUUUAAAAGCAAAUUUUUCAAAUUGGACAUCUGGAAAUAAUGACAUUGAUAAUUUAAUACAAAAAUGUCAGUUAGAAACGAUUGAACCAGAUGGAGUAAUUGAAUGGAUUCCAUAUAAUGAUUUACAAAAUAUCAAAUAUCUAACAAAAGGUAGCUUUUCUGAAAUUUAUACAGCGGUUUGGAUUGAUGGAGGAUAUGAAGAAUGGAAUUCUAAGAAACAACAAUUAGUAAGAUUUGGAAUACAAAGAGUUAUACUCAAAAGAUUAGAAAAUGUUGAAAAUGCAAAUCAAAGAUGGUUUGAAGAGGCUAAAUCACAUUUUAAUUUAAGCAAAUUAUCACAAAUUGUCCAAUGUUAUGGUUUAACACAAGACCCAUUAAAUGGAAAUUACAUGCUUGUAAUAGAUACAGCAAAACUAUAAUCAACUUACUUGGGAAGAAAGAAUUCUGAUUAUCCAAAAUAUAAUUAAAGGACUAUUUAGUAUUCAUUCACGAAAUGUAAUUCUAGAGAUUUGCAUUCUGGAAAUAUAUUGUAUUCAAAACGAAAUCAACGAUUUUAUAUUAGUGAUCUUGGAUUUUGUGGACCUGCUGAUAAACCAUUAGAAAGUAUAUAUGGAAAUCUUCCUUAUAUAGCACCUGAGGUUAUUACUGGAAAGAAUACUACAAAAAAAUCAGAUAUUUAUAGUAUUGCAAUGCUUAUGUGGGAAUUUCAUCUGGACAACCUCCUUUUGGUGAUUAUGGAAAUGAUUAUUAUCUUGCAAAGAAUAUUUUCAAUGGUAUGAGACCAAGAAUAGUAUCGGGAACUCCUCUAGAAUAUGAA